AUGAGCUUCAUUCGUUCUGCUGUCAAGACUUCUACCUUUUUCCGACCCAAUUUGAAUACUAGUUUUCGUAGUACUUCCUUAUUUGCUCGUUGGAUCUCAACGGAAAUGAAGGCUCGUUUAGACAAGGAUAUCAAAUCCAAGGAUGUCGUCUUGUUUAUGAAGGGUACUCCUGAUGCCCCCAUGUGUGGAUUCAGUCGUGCUGCCGUCCAAAUUUUACAAGUUCAAGGUGUUGACUUUAAUAAAGUCAAUGCAUUCAAUGUGCUAGAAGAUCCUGAAUUAAGAGAAUCUAUCAAAGAAUACUCUGAAUGGCCCACGAUUCCUCAAAUUUACAUCAAGGGUGAAUUUAUCGGUGGCUGCGAUAUCUUAUUAAAUAUGCAUCAAUCAGGUGAUCUCGAGGAUUUAUUAGUAAAGGAAGAGAUUGUUCCUCCUGAAGUACAGGAAGACGAAAAGAAUUAG